ACUACAAUAGUCCACAGCAAGCGCAAUCCAUUUCCUCUGAUUCGAAAUCACAGAAACCAAAAAACAGAAUGUCUGUGUUUCUGGAUCAACAGUUCUACAAUUACUGCCUCCUUUCACUCUUCGCAAUCACCAUACCCACCAUCAUCUCCCUCCUCUUCCUCACCGCUCCCUACGGCAAGCACCACCGCCCCGGGUGGGGCCCCUCCCUCCCCCCUCCCCUCGCCUGGUUCCUCAUGGAAUCCCCCACCCUCUGGCUCACCCUCCUCCUCUUCCCCCUCGGCAAAAACUCCCCCUCUCCUCGCGCCGCCGCCCUCAUCUCCCCCUUCCUCCUCCACUACCUCCACCGCACCCUCCUCUACCCCCUCCGCCUCCUCCGCUGCCGCAACACCCCCGGAUUUCCGGCCAGCGUCGCCGCCAUGGCCUUCGCCUUCAACCUCCUCAACGCCUACCUGCAGGCGCGCUGGGUCUCCGAGUACGCCGAUCUCAGCGCCGAUCGAUGGUUCUGGUGGCGGAUGGCAGCCGGGGCCGCCGUAUUCGCCGGCGGCGCGGCGGCGAAUAUUUCGUCGGAUUAUGCUUUGUUGGCGCUUAAGGAGAAGGGGGGUGGGUAUAGGGUUCCUAAAGGCGGGCUUUUUGAGUGGGUGAGUUGCCCUAAUUAUUUGGGGGAGAUUUUGGAGUGGGCGGGCUGGGCCUUCAUGACGUGGUCGUGGGCCGGCCUGGCCUUUUUUCUCUACACUUGCGCCAAUUUGGUGCCGAGAGCGAUGGCCAAUCAUAGAUGGUAUUUGAAGAAAUUUGCUGGAGAUUAUCCAACAAACAGGAAAGCUAUUAUCCCAUUUCUCUAUUGACUUUUUUUUAUUUAAAGAAUGCUUUUUGUGUUGUUCUAAUUUUGCCUUUGCAUUCUAAUUUAUGAUACUUCUCCGAAAAUUUGUCACAUGUUUCGUUUGUUUCCGUCCCUAAAAAUUUAUUACUUUCAUUUUUAUCA